UGCUCCACCUCUAAUUUAAGCAUCCAUCCAACCAUUUAUCCGUAUUUCUUGAAUUAGCGCCUCAAUCCAGCCUUGGCCGAAGCUCAAGCAGCCUGAAAAGCAAGGGAUCGCCGCCGGCCAGGGACACCAAUCAAGGGAAGAGUCGGGAUGUGGCCGCAAACGCUGGAAAUGUCGCGGGACGAGUGCCGAGGCAUGCUGCGUCGACUGGAACUCGAGUCCUAUUCGCAUGUGGUGAGCGUUUUUCGCGCCCAAGGAGCGCUGAGUGAAACCAAGGCGAAACUGCUGGAGGAGCUGCGCCAGCACUUCCACAUCAGCCAGGAGCGCCACCGGGCGGAGGUGCGCAGGGCGGCCAACGACGAGCAGCUCUGCACGAUAGCCGAAAAUGUUUGUGGUCCCAACACCUGGCAGGAAUGGUCUCGCGAGGGACGACGUCCCUAUCCGCUGCUACCGAGGAUUAGUCCACAAACGGCGCUGAGCAUCGUGGCCAACGAUCUGGCGGCCAAAGUAUCUGAGGAAAAUGCCAAAUUGGCUGCUCCGGCAGAGACGGCCAUGCAUUUCGGAGAAGCCCUCGUGGAGCAGGCCUCGCUGAUGAGCCUGAAAUAUCCUCGGAGCGGCAGGCAGCAGGAUCCCGCCCUGGUGAUCUUGGAGGAGCCGUUCAAAGUACCCGAUGUGCCCAACGAGGUGAAGAAAAUGACGCAGAAGCGCAAGGAGAACGAGAGCGGAGUGGAGGGCAAGCCGAACAAGAAGCGGCACAUGCAGCAGCCACAUCUGCAGGUUCCCCAGGCUCCACAGCAGCAGGCGCAGCAGCUGAGUCCAUCCUCGAAUCCGGCAAAUGAAGAGGGAGAAUCCGUGCCCGCGGAGAAGCGACUCACUCCUCGCACCCUUCAGCAGCGCUACUUCUAUCAGCAGCAGAUGAAGCACAAGCAGCGGCUGGCCAGCAAACGGAAUCUGGCCAACAGCCUGGGCUCUCCCUCCUCCUCCGCCGGCCAGUCGGGAAAUCCCCUGGGCGGCAGGAAUGCACCAUCCUCAGGGGGCGAAUCCUCGCCAGGCAAGCGAAUAGCUGCUCCCGCGAAGAGCGGGCGACGGGCGCAGAAGCAACUGCAGCAACAGCAGCAACAGAAGUUGCAGCCGCACCAGCAACAGAAAGUAUUAAUGCAAUCGCCGGAGACGCCGGUGCCCAAUCAUCUGGUGGUGCAGCCGCAUGUGGAAUAUGUGCUGGAUGAGGCACUCAAAACGCUGGCGGCCAGCACGCCGCCCACGCCCACAGCCACGCCCCCCUACACUUUCCUCAACGAUCUGAGACCCCUGGUGACGCUAAAGCCACUUAAGCCCGUAAAACCCAUGGUCUAUGGGCCGCAAAGUGGAUCGGGAGCCACCGAAAUCGGUUCGCCCACAACGCCGGGCUCUCGAGGCUUCGCCAAUUCGCCGAUAGUUUUCAAGGAGAAGCUGCAGGCUUCACCGGUGCAGGUGCAGAAUCAAAGUACGCCUGUAAAGGAUGCGCAGCCUUCUGCCGUUACUACGCCCACUCCCAUUUCCACCGCCAAUCUUCCGCUGGCCCCGCAGAUCAUCAGCGUGCAACAGAUCCCGGCGCCGCCAAUGGGCGCCAAACUGACCAGUUCCACAACUCCAACGUUGCUGCCGCCGGGCUCUAAAAUCACGCCCAAGAAGUUCAAUCUCCUGGAGGGCGAUGCCAAACCCAAGACUUUGCCCAGCUCGGCGGUUCGUCUGCUACCUUACACCGAACCCAUUGGAGGUCCUUUAUCGCCGCUGAAGGAUUCGCGGGUCACUCCAUUGAGCAGCGCCUCCACAGUUAAUAUAAUCAAGAAUAUACCGGCUAGCAGCUUGAACAACACGCUGAUUACGCCGCUGCCCUCAGCGGGAACCACAAAUCUCUUUAGAGCAAAGGUUACGACUCCUCAAAUUAAGGGAGCAGUGAGUUCUGCUGGAGGAGCAGCCGCAUCAGGAGCUGCUCCACAAAUCCUAGGCAACAUAAAGCUGACCAGCAGCUCAGGAGGAGCAGCAACCAUUAAACAGGUUCCCAGCAGCGCCCUGCGAAACAUCAAGAUUUGCUCACCCAACGGCAAGGUGUUCCUGCAGCCUGGCAAGCUGCCAGCUGGAAGCAUCAUUCACAAGCUGAACAACACAAGCAGCACCACCACUUCCACAGCUGUUUCGCCCACAAAUCAGCCGGCGAGAGAGCAGCAGAGGAUCAGCAUACAGAAGAUGCAGAUCCUUCAACCUGCCAAUGCAAGUGGGAAUAAUAGUCCUAGUCCCACCAGCAGCACAGCAACCACCGCAACCACCAAGCAAACCAGCAGCAAACCCACCACGCUGACCUUCGCCACUGCGGGCGGUGGUAAGAACAACCUGGUCUUCCUGCCGGCGAGUGCGGCGAGUGGAAUGAGGGCGCUCACUCUGGCCACCACCACCAGCAAGCCCAAGUCCAAUGUGCUGGUCAUCGGAGCCACCACCUCACCAGCGCCUGCGACUAGUGCUGCAUCAUCCCCGAAUCCUGCAGGAGGAGGAGGCACGAAGCCCAAGCCGAAUCAACUGAUAACCGAGGACACACCCAUCGAUAUUAUAAACAUGCCCAUCAUUGUGGCCGACAAUGGCAGCGCCACGGAACUCAAUCAGACUUCGGUCAAGAACUCGCCGCUCGUGGUGUUCAAUGCCACCGAUUGGGAAAUGGAGCUUGAUCAGGCGGCCACCAAGUCGGCCACGACGCCCUCGAAACAAACGCUAGACGAUGUAAUAAUCGAGGAGGAUGAAGACAUCGAGGAGGAGAUGGAGGAGCGGAACGAGGAGGAAGCUACCAUGGACCUGAACAAUAGCAUCAUUGAACUGCAUCCGGAGGACGAAAGUGCCAUCGAGUAUGUGGACAUGGAUUUGGAGCAGCCCAUUGAGAUCGAGAGCACCAGCAACAUAUCCCCAGAGACGGCCACCACCACCUUGAAGGCAGCUAUCGUCUCGGCAUCUCCGCAGCAGCAGCAGCAAAAGAAGCAAUUGGAACAGCCACUGGCCACAGGAGCAGCUACCCUUUAGAUUGGCUAACCAAUCGAGAAUUAAGUUACCUUAAAGGAUCCCCCAUUUCGAGAUAUUCGAGUGAGAGAACGCACACAGCAGACCCGGUUCGAAUUAGAUUUAGUUAGUAGUUUAGCGUCAAUGUCGAGAGUUUUCCUUUAUUACUUUUAAUUAUCGCAACCCGCAGCCUUGGAGCAAAGUGCAA